AUGCGAUUCACCUACGUCGUCCCUGCUGUUGUGCUCGCCACUUAUGCCUCGGCCGCUGCUGCUCCUCGAGCCAUCGACCAUCUCUUCCCCCGCCAACUUCUCCCCGAACUCGCUAACUUGGAGAGCAUCCCUCCGCAAUGCCGAGACGACUGCGACGAUACCUUCGAGGCCAUUAGCCGCUGCGAUAGGGCAGAAGGUGCCGACGCCAUUCAAUGCAUCUGCCGCAACGACGUCUUUGACGACUUCGAUGACUGCUACCCUUGUCUCAUGAAGGAGUCAGGAUCACUUCCCCCAGACCAAGUCCGACCCGCAGUCCGGGAUUUCAUGAAGAGCCUCGCAAUUACCUGCAGAACUGUCGGUCACCCCGUGUCAGGGUACGACUCUGAUGAUGACGGCCAUAUCUCUGAUAACGACGACGAUGACCGUCUGUCCGACAACGAUGACGAUGACCGCUUCUCCGACACCGACGACGACCAUCUCUCCGACGACGACUCGGAUGACGAGAACGGCAUCCCUCGCACUCGUGGCGGCAACGGCCCAGCUUCCUCCGCAUCUGGUGCCCCCGGAUCCUCUCCAACUGGCACCCCUUCGUCAUCCACCGGUGAUGACGACGACGACGGCAAUAACUCUGACACCGACCGUAAUGGCGCUGGUGUCCGGGGUGGCCUGAGCUUGGGUGCUGCCGCUGUUGCGGGCGCUGGUGCUAUCUUCCUCCUCUAG